AAGCAAUAUGCCAAUAUGCAUCCCACGUCCUCAUUAAUAUUAACGUGCUCUCCGAUCCUUUAAUCUAUGUUUCUCCCUUUUGACACUACUUCACCCCCCAAACAAAAAAAAAAAACAAUUUAAGUAACAAUUGGUGUCUUUCUCCAUAUAUGGCAAGAACAACAACGAACAUAUUGGCGAUAUUGGCAAUAUGUGCAACUAUACUCUUUAUUUCUCCGACCACCUCCAAUGCACAAGACAAGAAUCUCCUCUUCGUCUUCGGCGAUUCGCUCUACGACGGCGGUAUGACUUUAUACAACGGUGUGGAGGGAGCUGGGGCUGAGUUUUGGCCGUACGGCGAGAAUUACUUCAAGAGGCCCGCCGGAAGGUAUACUGAUGGUCGUGUCAUCCCGGAUUUCUUAGCUCAAUAUGCGGGUUUGCCGUUUUUGAGGCCAUAUUUGCUACCAGGGCUUAAUGACUAUACUCAGGGAAUCAAUUUUGCUUCUGCAAGUGCUUGUGUGCUCGUUGAAACUCGUCCUGGAACGAUAAAUUUGGCGAGGCAAAUGGACUAUUUUGUCGAGAUGGCAUGGAAAUUAAGAAACCGAAUUGGAGAAUUAGAGACCAAUAAGUUGUUAUCCAAGGCAGUCUACUUGUUUAACAUUGGAGGAAAUGACUUAUUUAGCCUUUUCGAGACGAAUAGGGGAGGGUUUCCUCUCAAUCCCUAUAUGAAGAAAGACUACGUGAAUCAGAUACUUGGUAACCUUACCUCCCACAUUUAUACAAUAUACAACCAAGGAGGAAGGAAGUUUGCAUUCCAAAACAUAGGACCUCUUGGGUGCAUGCCAUCAAUGAAGUUCAUGCUACAAUACCAAGGAAGUUGUGUAGAGGAGCCAGUUGAGCUAGCCAAGAUGUAUAAUGCUGCAUUUUCUGCACUAGUUAACAGAUUGCAAACCCGACUUCCUGGGUUCAAAUACACCAUAUAUGACUUCCACACCUCCUUACACAUUCGUGUCCUAAACGGUGGUAGAUAUGGGUUCAAGGAAAGUGAAAUAGCAUGUUGUGGAAGUGGACCUUUUAAUGGUGGAUUUAGUUGCCAGAAGAAAGGGAAUAGCUUCACAGUUUGUAGCAAUCCUGCCGAUUAUUUGUGGUUUGAUGCAGGACAUACUACCGAUAGAGGUAACGAGCAAUUCGCGAGUGAAUUUUGGUUAGGUGGACCUAAUGUCGUUGCUCCUUACAACUUGCAAAGUUUCUUGGCCAUGAGUUGAUUGAACCAAGGAGCAAUUAGCACAUAUAAACCUUAUAGAAUACUCCCUCUGUUCCAUAAUAACAGUUACAUAGAUUAUUUUUAGCAUGAUCGGAAAAUAAAUUCGCAUUUCUCAAACUACUAUUGUUAGGAAUUGUAUUGGAUAUUUGGAAUAGUCUAAAUAUUGUAAAGAGGGCAUGUAAAAAUUAUGUGCCAUAAUCGAGCAAUAUAAUGAGGAUAUUCACCAUACAACUAGGACUAUUUUGAGGUACGUGUGCUCAAAAAAUUCAAGUACAUGGGCCGAUGGGCGUGCGACUUCUUUAAUUUAAACUCAUAUUACAACCUGUUGUAUCAUGUAUGUACGUAGAAGUUAGAACCAGUUCGGGUAGGAGGAGUGUGAUUUUUCUUUUUGAAUUUGAGCAUAAUGUAAAGCCUACGGGAUGGAUUACACAACUGUAAUAUUGAGUUUAGACUUUAGAGCCAACUAAAUUGCAAACUUCUGAAAUGGGCCAUGGAAGUGGACUUGUGGUGCAUCAGCCCAAUGACAUUAUUCAUUCGUAAGGCCCGCAGUGGUAGGUCAUAUGUGAAAUGGACACAGGACAUAUGCCAUAUGGCCCAAUAGGAUCGAUGGCAUGUGAAAUUCAGCAAAUGUUUUUACUCUGUUAGGUCCACUAAAAAAUCAGAGCUUCUAAGAUAAACAGCAACAUCACUUCUUA